AUUUUCUUGUAAGAAGAGCGCAUUUUGUUGUGUUUCUCUUCUUCCACCCUUUUUUAUUUUUAUUAUUUCAAUUCCUUUGCAAAUUCUUUCUUGCAUGGAGAGCUUGGAAGAGAAAGUGUCCAUGUUCAUGGAUGAUGAUGAAGAAGAAGAACAAUACGAAUGUCACUCUUCUAUGGAGGAUCUCUUGUAUUCCGAAAGCCUCGGUGGCGGCCACUCCGGCGGCAAUUCGCUGGCGGAAACAACCUUGUAUUGGGAAUCUCAGGUGGCACUGCUUCAGGAAAUUAUGGAGAGGUAUCAGUCAGCAGGGUCGAAAUUGAGGCAAGAGGUAGGUCAAAUAAUAAAGGAGGUUAAGAAUUCAGAUUUUUGUAGCUGCUUCAAGCCAAACUCUUCACAUUGCACCACCUGCUUCAGAAGACAAGUAGUUGAUAUGCUCUGCCACAAAGGGUUCAAUACAAGACUUCGGAUAUCCAAAUGGGGAACCACAAAAAAGUUUCCUGGAGGGUCUCACGAGUUUAUUGAAGUGAUAGCAAACACUGUAACAAGGAAGAAGCAGAUCACGUUUCUAGUUGAACUUGAGUUCAGGGACCAGUUUAAGAUAGCAACAGCUGGUAAAGCAUACCAGAAACUUGUAUCCUGUUUGCCAGAACUUUAUGUCGGGAAGCCAGAAUGCUUAACUGCCAUCGUUCGAGUCAUGUGUGAAGCUGCCAAAAAGUCAUUGAAAGAGAAGAAAAUGCACAUUGGUCCAUGGAGGAAGAGUGGAUUCAUGCAAAUGAAGUGGUCAGGCUUCAAUCAAACAUUGACUUUAGAAAAUUCCGCGGGUGAUAUUCCAGCUAAUGAACCUUACCUGAGAAUUUCUGGUACUCCUUCUGUGCUAGUCACAUGAAAGUAAUUGAGUUAGGUGAAGGUUGAAUCCCAAUGGUGGCUUUUGCAGAAGGAUUUUGAAUUGAGACCUUGUAGUUGUAGUAGGAUUUGAUCCCCCAGCGGAGCUACUUAUACAACCCUAGAAGUAGCAUAAUUUAAUGUACCAAGUUAUGUAGUAGAAACUCAGUUUUGUGUUGUAAAUGGUUUGGUCUAAUUUGACCAAGGUCAAUUUACGUGUAUGAGGCAUAAGCUUUGCACUAUUA